CAGGAUGAAAUAAAAGCAACAAUAUCAGACAUAAAUGUGAAAUCUACUUCUAUGACUGGUCACUCUACGGGGAUUUCAGCGACAAAAAUGCAAGAAAAGAAGCUUUCCCAGGAAUUAACUAAAGUUGGUGAUAAUAAUGCCCAGACAUCGACAGUGAUUUGGAGGGAAUUUGUGGACAGUACAACACUUCACGGUAUUCGAUAUGUCUUCAUGAAGCGUCAGAUCUUUAUUCGCCUUAUCUGGAUGAUAUUGCUGAUGAGCUCUGGGGGUUAUUAUAUCUUCACCGUUUACUGCGGUUUCACUAAAUACUACGGUAGACCAGUUACCACUUUAUUAAGCAGAAAACGCCUCAGAGAGAUGGAUUUUCCAGCUGUAACGAUCUGCCCGCUCAACUUAUUCACCAAAAGCAAGAUAUUUAUGACAGAUGAUGAUCCACUGUUUGCGUCCAGCGGCCUAAACAUCAGUACAUGUGCUGUGACUGCCGAAGUUCGAGCCAAUUGGCCUUGCGGAUUGUCUAUACUUUGUUGUUGCUCCCCGGCAGAUUUGGAAAAUGAUUUCCCACUUUGCGAUAGUCAUUAUAGACAAGUUCUCUUAGAGGUGAUGCGGCAACAUUCUAAUCGCCUAAAUGUUGAAGAAUUUUUUCGGCUCUACGGCCAAAAUUCAAGCGCUAUGAUUGGACCAUUGUGCACAUUCGGCUGGGACGAGGCUGAUUGCUCUGCCGCAGAUUUUGUCCCCUCAGUAACCCCUUGGGGUAUGUGCUUCACCUUCAACUCAGGUACAGACAAUGAAAUGAAAAUAUCAAAAAUUGCAGGAGUUUCAUCUGGGUUGUCAGUCAUUCUUGAUGCACAAACAUCAGAGUAUACUCAAGGAAAAUUUUCCGAAGGAUUCAAAGUGUUGAUACAUGGGCAAGGUGAAUACAUCGAUGAAUGGGAAGGUAUCAAUGUAGGACCAGGACAGCACGUUGUUAUUUCUCUUUCUAAGAAACAGGUAUGUUUUCUUGAUCACUUAGACCCUUGGAAUCGUUUUUAUGUUGAGGUAGAAAUAUAACUUAGGGUUAUUAGAAGCCAAUUCAAUACAUUCUCAACGUAGACGAAGAAAGAACGAAGUAGAAGGCACGCAAAAAACCACAACAAAAAUAGUUUAGAUAUCAGAAACAGAACAGUAAUACAAAAAUAUAAAGUCAACAUUUAGAUGUAAAACAAAUAAGGAAAAGCUUUUAUGGUAACAUUUUAAAAUUGACAUGAACAAUGUUUCCAGUAUCAGAACCUUGAGAAGCCAUACGCAGCCAAUUGCACCAAGAAGGAGUUAAAUACGUAUUUUACGUACACGACAGAAGGAUGUCUUUUUGAAUGUAUGGCUGACAACGUUAUCAAUUACUGUGGCUGUCGACCUGCUGGUUAUAAAGGUUAGUAUAUUUUUUUCUACUCGCUUUAUCGAACUUAAAUUUAAAGAACAAAUACGCGAUUCAACUUAAUUCAACCCAGUUCAACUAAGCCUUCACUUGAAAUCUGAACAAGUGAGUAUUAUCAUCUUCUUACUCCUACCUAAUCGAGUUAUUUUUGGCUGCCUUGAGAAAUCUUUCUAAUAACUACGUGAAGAACAAUUAGUAUAUAAAUUACGGUGUUUUAAAAGGAUUUCCAGCCUUGAGAAAAGCCGCAACAACGCACGUGAAAAAUAUCGUAUUUUUUCAAGUGUUUGAUAUCGCCAAUCAGCUGCUGACACGUCACUCGCCUUUCGCGCCACUCGAUUUGAUUGAUGAAUGAACGGCAAAGCCUUCACCAUUCUUAAUCCAAGGUCGUUUGUCGGAAUUUUUCGGAUUAUGGCUGCUAAAACACUGAAAAAUCCGUAUCGAUUACAGAUAGUGACGUUCAAACUUUCCUAAAAGAAGAAGAAAACCAAAAUACGAAAAGGAAACCCGAAAAUUACAUAUUCGGUAACUUUGGUAAUGGCGUCUCUCGCGGCUGAGAACGAAAAUCGACCACUGGAAGAUUUUCCACUUUUUAAACUUUGGAAAAGGAAAAUAGUGACUUGUGUGUGUGCUUUUUCUAUAAGUUACCUCUGGAACACCCGCGUGUACAUCAUCCGAAGAGGCUCUUUGCGUUAAGCAGAUAGCAGGUAUGAGAAAACUUUAAAAUUAAGGUAUCCGAAUAUACGCCCUGCAACAAGCGUCAAGGAAAAAGGACCUUAGCUAGCAAUUUGGAAAAACUCAUUACAUUUCAGGUACAUUGAGUCUUGCUUAUAUACUUCUCAGUUACUUUUAUGCAUAGUCACAGUACACAAUAUUUACACGAAAGAUCUCUCUGUCAUAUUAAAUAGACUUGUCUGACAUUACACUCCCCAGUAUUUAAAGAAAAAAACGUCUUAUGUUGACUAAGUAUUCUAAGAUCAGCAAACGUUGUAAACAGCCUCGUUUAUCUUUUUUUAACUAUCGUGCAUUUCCAUAAAGCAAUGGUAGAUGAAGAGUACUGUGACUGCCAAGUUCCCUGCUCUCAGACUAAGUACCACCCUGAGGUGUCCUACUCGAAGUUUCCUGAUGCGAGUACUGCUGACUCAUUCAUAAAGUCUGGUUACUAUGCCGAUAUACAGUACCAGAGGUAAAGGAUCUGAGUUUAAAAAAAUUGAUAAUUGCCCUGCCCUUUGGUUUUUUAGUUUUAACCGUAUUUUCUGAAAUUUCUUCUAAACCAUGUACUCUUACGGAGGGAAAAUCUAAACCACAAAAUUUACGAUGUAUUAGAAUAGAAGUCAUCGUUUUGUUCACAAUAAAAUGGCUAAACUUGUAUUUGUCCUUCCACUGAGCACAUAAGUUAAGAGCCAAUUGUCACAGUGUAUCGCAGUUAUUUCUAAGUUUCUGUAUUUCGCAAAUUCAAUAAAAUAAAAUAAAAAAAGUUAGCUGUAAUGUUGUGCCAAAAAUCUUAUUACAAAAAAAAAAAAACUAUUACAAGCCCCGUGAAAGUGGUCUAAAAAAAUCCGUUAGUGGUAGCAUAUUAAUUAUUUGAACUUUUUCCCCCCUCGUCAGAGAUAAUCUUGUGUUUUUACAAGUUGGAUUCAAGUCUUUGAGUCAUGAGAUGCAGGAACAGAAGCCAGCUUACGACAGCAAUUCCUUGUUUGGUAAGAAAUGCAUUGGUUAUGCGAUGGCAGCCAUAUUGAUAAUUGCAGAAACGUUGCAGCUUAUAUUCUUAUAAUUUAUGGUAAGGCCCCGGUAACUGUACACUUUGAGUAGGCGACCAUUUAAGGAUCUUAACCCUGUUUUCAGGAAAAGAAAAAGCACCGAAUCUAUCAAAACUUUUGCUGAACCAAUUUUAGGAAUAGACAUGAUUUUUUCUCGUAAAUUAAAUUCCGCUAGCUUGCAGGGUGUUAUCAGAAUUUUCCAAUUUUCCACCUACAGAUGACCAACCUAUUGUGUGUACAUUCACACUGUGUUUUAUCAACAUUCGGGGUAGAUUUUUUGCAUUCACGCUUUGUAGUUACUCAAAUUAUCAGGCUUGAAUAAAAAUACUCCUAAAAGGAGCUCCUCUACAAGCGAGCAAAUGGUACCUGAGGCUUAGUGUGGAAACGUAAAAUUCUGACAAAAAUCUGUUUCAAAGUCAAAGGAAUAUUCGCAUUCCCAUUAAUUUUUCGUUCCUCAGGUGAGAUUGGUGGCAACAUGGGGCUCUUCUUGGGAUGCAGUCUCUUGACCAUCUGCGAGUUUUUUGACUUCCUCAUUAGUUUUUUAAAUGCAAGAAACCGUCGCGUUACUCAUCCAUAA